GAUACCCCUUAAAAAGCCCACGCGUUUUUGUACAAUAACCUUCAAAAUGACAAACAAAAAGCAGAAAAGUAACCCCAAAAAUUCUCUGCUGCCGCAGAGUUUCUCAAAUCAGAAAUUUCCAUAAAUUAAUAAUUCAUAUAUACUCUACGAGGGGUUCCGUGAUCAUUUUUGCUCAAUACUUGGUUUGAUUUCGCCGACUGGAUUUCUGGUGGAAAGAGGAAGGACCUGCUCUUCAGGUUUUAUGAUUAAAUUCUGUUCUACAAGGGCAAAAUCCGAUUUUGGUUGCGGAUAAGGAUCUCCAGGGAUUCUUCAUUUGUUUGUUAAUUUACCGCUUAAAGAUGGCUGAAAAAGCAUGUGUGAAGCGCCUCCAGAAGGAAUAUAGAGCACUCUGUAAAGAACCUGUUUCCAAUGUGGUGGCACGUCCUCUUCCAAACGACAUCCUUGAGUGGCAUUAUGUUUUGGAGGGAAGUCAAGGAACCCCCUUUGCAGGUGGAUAUUACUAUGGAAAGAUAAAGUUUCCACCAGAAUACCCAUUUAAACCUCCAGGAAUCAGUAUGACUACUCCGAAUGGACGCUUUAUGACACAAAAGAAAAUCUGCCUCUCUAUGAGUGAUUUCCAUCCAGAGAGUUGGAACCCUAUGUGGUCUGUCUCAAGCAUAUUGACUGGACUCCUCUCAUUCAUGAUGGACAAUAGUCCUACCACAGGCAGUGUUACAACUACCGAAGAGGAGAAACAGAGGCUUGCAAAGGCUUCGCUGGCAUUUAAUUGUAAAAAUCCCACCUUUAGGAAACUCUUUCCAGAGUAUGUUGAGAAAUACGAGGAACAACUAUCAGCAGAGCAAUCUCUAGAUCAGGCAGCGCCAGCAUCUAUUCAGGAAGAAAAUUCCCAACCCUCUUUGAAGAAGCGCAGUGCUGAGGAGGUGCGAAAUGAAGAAAUCCCAAAAGAGUUGAAUAACCAGCAGAGGCAGCGGUCUUCCCCUGCCUGGCUGUUGUUCUUGCUAGUUUUCAUUUUUGGCAUUGUAAUGGCCCUCCCUCUACUUCAACUUUGAUGCAUAGGCAGCAAAGAGUGAAAAUUUUAACUGUGCUUGGGUUGCAAACGAGCAUAUUGAAUUGUGAAGUGAGAGUUAUUAUAUUUCGUGGUGUCCUUUAAUUCUCAUGUACCUAAGCGGGAUUUGUAUACGGUGGUGCUAAUGAGAAUCUGUUCGGCAUCCGUCUUA